CUUCCUCGUCCCAAAUGUUAUGAGAAAAAAAAUCUCAGUUUUUUCUUCUGUCUCUUCUCUCAAGCUCGAGCUUCAUCAAGCAAUGGCGGCUAUUUCUGGCUCGUUGAUUCUGUCGAAGAAUUCCCAACUUCAUCCAUCAUCUGGCCUUACUCUGAAGACACGAACUCAAGUCCCUGGUAGUGUACCCUCUGUCAAUAUCUCAUUUGGACUGCGUGGCCCCAACAAACUGCAGUUUUCUGCUCCCAGAUGCCGAAAGCCCCUUACCAUUCAGGCAGCAUACAGAGAUGAUGAUGGGGCAAGCAGCACAAGCCUAUUUGUUGGAGGGUUUAUUUUGGGAGGACUCAUAGUUGGUGCCCUUGGAUGUGUAUACGCUCCUCAGAUCAGCAGGGCUUUAGCUGGAGCAGGGCGAAAGGAUCUCAUGAAGAAAUUGCCUAAAUUCAUAUACGAUGAGGAAAAGGCUUUGGAGAUGAGUCGACGCUGCUACAGUGAUCAUUAUAACUUACAUCCUGUGGUUUUGGUAGUCCUUGAAAACACGGAAAGUAUUAGCCGAAAAGAUUGCACAGCUCAACUCUGCUAUCGAUGAUGCAUCCUUUCAGCUCCGGACAGAAGACACCACCAAUGGUGCCCUUGCUAGCAACACCGAUGAAGUCGAGGCUACCAUAUGAAAUCUUCUAUUCUAGUCGUUAAUAACUGGUGACACUUACAGUCGACUCAGUCUCUUUCUUCAAAUGACUCGUUUCGUUAUGAAGGUUCUUGAGACAUUAUCUGUUUGGUUAGAUAGCAUAUGUUUGAAGACGGUACAUGUUAAUGUGUUGUGUGACCGUAGCUACGCCA